GAUGUUUUAUGUUUUUCAGUCAUAUCUCUGGUUCGAACCGUAAAGGUUUCAUUUUUUUUUUCGUUUUCACUAUCUUCUUCGCCGACGUUUUCUUUUGCCCGGAGGAGCCGACUAUUUCUCCUCUCUCUCUACUUUGAUUUUCAGGAAGUAAAAAUAUGGACUUUGAUGAUGAAGACAAACCAAAAGAGGUUGCCAAAACCCGUAGAUUCGCUCCUGGCCGUGCCGGAAAGUCUAAACCGAAACCUAAACCGGAACCGCCGCAAUCACAAACUGAGUCUGUGAGCAAGAGUGAGCAUGACGUUGAUGCUAAAGGUGCUGGUCCUAAGGUUGAAACUGAGGUUUAUAAUGGCUCUGUUAAAAUGGAGAUUGAUUCAAAAGUGGAUAAAGAGCCAGAGUUCAUGGAUACUGAGUUGAUUGAGGAAGAUGAGCAGCUUCCAUUGCAGGAGGAAGAAGAAGAAGAAGAAGAUGUUGUUGUUCGUGAAAUCGAUGUUUUCUUUAAUCCGUCGUUUGAUGCUAAUACUAAGCUUUAUGUUCUACAAUAUCCUCUAAGACCGUCUUGGCGUCCAUACGAAAUGGAUGAACGAUGCGAAGAAGUUAGAGUGAAUACUUCUACCUCCCAAGUGGAAAUUGACUUGUCUAUGGAUGUUCAUUCGAAGAACUAUGACUCCAAUUUUGGACUAAAUAUGACUAAGCAGACCUUGAAAACAACAUGGAAGCAGCCUCCUACUUUGGAUUAUGCUGUUGGGGUUCUUUCAGGUGAUAAGUUACACUUGAAUCCUGUUCAUGCUGUUGCUCAGCUCCGGCCGUCUAUGCAGUAUCUUUCAUCCAACGGCAAAAAAAAACAAGAAGAAUCUACUGAAGAAUCUGUCGGCACAUCCAAAAAACAG